AGAAAAAAACAGAAAAAAAGGAAUAAAACAAGCAACCACCUGUCUAGCGUUCACACUUUCUCUGCCUUCUCUCUCCUCUUUCUCUCUCAUCACCCAUGGCCAGUCUAUGGCGAGCAGCAAUGGGAAGCACGACUCAAUCGAACGACGACUACGACGGAGUCGAGUUCUGGUCGAACCCAGAACGAACCGGCUGGCUCACUAAACAAGGCGAGUACAUAAAAACAUGGCGUCGCCGUUGGUUCGUGUUGAAACAAGGAAAGCUCUUCUGGUUCAAGGAAGCGAACAUCACGCGCGGGUCGAAACCACGUGGUGUGAUUCCAGUGGCUAAUUGCCUCACAGUUAAAGGAGCCGAAGAUGUUUUAAACAAACAGUUCGUUUUUGAGCUUUCUACUCGUUCUGAUACUAUGUAUUUUAUUGCUGAUUCGGAGAAAGAGAAGGAGGAUUGGAUCAAUUCGAUCGGACGGUGCAUAGUACAGCACUCUAGGUCUGUUACUCAUGAUGAAAUUCUCGACUAUGAUAGCCGGAAAUAAUUAAUAUUGCCACAACCUAAUUUUGGAAAAUGAGCUUGCCUACCCAAUAAAGAAAUAGGGAGGAGCGGUCGGUUUAUUGUAGCUUACAUUUUAAUGCUCAUGCUCUCUGGGUAAGAAGCAGGUUUGCCUUCUGAAUAUUCUACACUUAACUUACCUAAACUUUGUAAGAGAACAAGUCUAGAUCGGCCGUGAAACCCUUUUUUUUAAGGAUAAGUCUACAUCAGAUGCGAUACAUCCUAGAGAACACGACCAAAUAAUGAAUCCUUAUACAACAAGGAAAUGCUUGACCGAGACGUUUGGUUUGAGAAGUUUUUCAGAAGUCUUUCAUAACCCAAAAACUAAGUUUGAAAUUUUGUUUUGGUUUGUCCUUUUUCCUGGAAAAUGAAACCGGGAAGCCAGUUUUUUAACCUUAAGUGAGCUCUAACCAAGAAGUGUUUGGACGAUGAGAUAUUUCUGUUGUGUGUUUGUGUAUAUAUAUUUUUUAUGACAGUUAUUGUAUUGAUGUUGCGCUGAUGGACAAUGAGUGUUUGAUUCUCUUUUUA